AUGUCCGGGCUCGGCAUCGACUUUGGCCACGAGUCCGAGGCUUACUCCACCGACACAGGCUCUCGCUUCUCGGCUGCUUCGACCUCGACAUCCGGCUUUCACAGUCGUACACGUGCGCACAUGAUCCCCAAAAAAUCUUCCAUGAACAAGAUGCGAGGAGUACGUCCAAAGACCGCCGAAGAAGACGCUCGUCGUGUUCGCAUCGUUUCAGGCGAGCCGGACGUUCUCGGCCAUGGAGCAUACACCGACGAAGACUUCAUGUCCCCUUCCAGCGCUGGUGAAGAGGUCAUCACACAGCCUCACCAGCUUCAUAGCCUCAGCGCUGCCGUCGCUGCCAUGAGUGGCUACACGACCGAUACCACCACCAGCGGCACCGAGACUGAUACUGACCAAAGCCCGACACUCACCGAGUCCUCGGUCACAAGCGCCUCCUCGGGCGCAAGUGCCGCUCAGAGAUUCUCCGAGAACCGAAAGCCCGCCGUUCAGCUUCAAAGCAACGUUGUUCGCUCCGGCAAGCCCACUAGACCGGGUCAAGCAGUAUCUCAAGGACGCCCUGUUUCUGAACAGCUGCUCACAGCCGGUGGCAGGUCGGUUCAAAAGAGCACGAGCAAUACCAGUCUUGCUUCGGGCUACCGAUCAGACGGCGCUUCCAGCUUGGGCAGAUCGGCCGAGAUUCCUCGUGGUGUAGGACGACAGCGCGUCAGCAUCAGAGGUGCUGCAAGUCGUCAAGGAACCCUACAAGCACGGCUCGGACCCAAGAUCGAUUCCACGGUCACCAACCACUUCCAGCAUGAGAUUUCCGGCUCAAAUCAACAUCAAGAGCCUGCCUCUGAUGCCGAGACGGAGAUCCUCGUUCCAGAUGGCUUUGGCGGGCAUGAGCGCACGAAGCAGCCGAGAGCACAGGUUGCAAGACGGCCAGCAACCGCUGGGCCUGCAACAUCGCCUUCCCUGCUCGAAAGGAUCGACAUGGAGAGUGAGCCCACUCGAGCCGAUUCGCAAGGGACCAGACCUACUGCCAAAUGGCGAGUGGGUAGCUUCUACGGACCUGAUGGCUCCGAGACCGGUCGCAUCGAUCACAAAACCAACACCAUCAGCGCGUGUACCUCGCAGGCGGCAGGAUCUGAAGUGGGUCCUGGCGCUAUGCAGAGUACACUCGGCUCAGACCAAACUUCAGUCUCGCUUUCGCGCUCUCAGAGUCAGGCUCCCAAAGCCAGCCACAUGCGAAGUCCAAGCAACCACGUCGAGCUGCAAUCACAGCAAAGCGAGCAGAAUAUCCAUCCAGAUGGAUCUACCAAGGCAGCUGCGCUCGAGCAGAAUCUACGAUCGCGCACCUCCCUCGCCAGCAUCUCCAUGCGCAGUAAGCGUGGCUUGCAAGGACUGGAGGAAGCUGAACGAGGCGGUGCACUCGUUAGCCUCGACAACUAUCGCAUGACUUACGAUACGGGCUUGCCGAUCUUGCCGCACGAGAUUACCGCUCUGGAUCAAGACAGCAUCAUGGGAUCCGUUCGGCUCGGAGAUGCUCAGACGAUGAAGACCUCGCUCAGUCAAGGCGUCCUCCCCACCUCCGCGUCCGUCUCUGGUCAUCUCAAUGCUUCAUCCACGAAGCAGGGCAGCACUGACGCUGCCAAGAACGGCGGCAAAGUCAAGAAUCGUCCACGAAGGAGUCUUUCCGAUACGAACCUAAACAAAGCCCUCCUUGAGCGCCAUGGCACUCUCCUCAGUAGCAACGCAAAUCCACUGCGCAGGAGCAAGGAGCUGGAUCGACUUCUGGGAAACUCGGAUCGUAAGCUACCUCCAUCGGCUGCCAAGCCCAUGACGAACGAGGCUCAGAUCAAAGCUGGUCUCAAACGUAGCAAUGCCGUCGCCGCGAGCGUAGCGCCUCCGCCUGCGGCGCUCGAGCAGGGCAAAGCGAACAAGGCUCGCGUCGAAGUCGAUCUCGUCCUCGAAUCCGAUCUCGUUGUGGAAGGAGGUACGCUCCAAGGUCGAAUGCAGAUCCGCGUGCGCAAAGGCUCGGACAAAGAAGGCGGGGUCUUCCUCGCUCAGCCCAAGAUCCGUGUGGUUGGAUUCGAGGAGCUGCUUGCAGACGACACGCGCUACAUCUUCUACCACCACGCUUCAGUCAUCGAUGGCGAUCGCUCCAACAACGGUCCGAGCGAGCCGUACUACCUUCACGGCUCGCCAACGCUUUCCUCGCCGGAGACGGCGUCAUUCUCCGCCCUAGCUUGCUUCUCUGGCGGUCCAGAUGCAGAAGGAUACGCCGAAGGCAAAGUCGGCUCGCACUCCAUCCCGUUCUCGCUCGAGCUGCCCGUGUCGAAAGGUGCAAAAGGCAGUUACCGGGGCAAGAAUGCCGUCGUGCGCUACAUCGUCAUCGGAUCGGUCAAGCUCAAGUCGUCCUCGGGAGCGAACCGUUCCAUCGCUCACUUCUACCGACACGUCGACCUCUUCCCCUACCUCAAUCCGGCAGUCGUGCUCUCAAGCGCCAACAAGCCGAUCCAGGCUACCAGCUCCAAGGGCCUGUUCCUUGGCGGCUCGGGCAAGGUGCAGCUCAUGGCCAGCCUUCACCGCAACACGUGGGUUGCGGGUCAACGGGUGUACAUCAACGUCGGCGUCCAGAACGACACUAGCAAGAAGAUCAAUGGCAUGACGCUUUCGCUCAUUCGUACAGUGACACUGUACAAGCCGCGUCCAGAGCUCAACGUCAGCGGUGCAGCUGCACGAAGGGAUCUCGAUCCGGAUGCGUGCCAGACCUCGACGACGCGCAAGAAGAUCGCAGAGGAGGAGCUCGAGAUGGGUCAGAAGGGUAGUCGAGGCGUCGUCACAGCUCGCGGCUGGUGGACCGGUGUCGAGGCAGGACAGCGCGUAGAGUCGACACAUUACAUGCAGAUUCCAGCGGACGCCCUGUCCGUUUCGCGAGGUCGUCAUGUCGAAGUGGUCUACAGCGUCAAAGUUUCGAUCGGCAGCUCGCUAUCCUCUGACGUCUCGGUGGAGCUGCCCAUUCGCGUGAUCAACUUUGUCUCGCUCGAUCCGCCGCCUCUGAAGAAAGCUGGGAGCGCAAGGUUCAGCGUCGACGCUACGCGUAACUGGGCUGCGCCCGGCAGCGUCUUCAGUGACGCCAAAUCUCCCGUCAGCACAAACGGCAGCCCUACGGGUGGUGAUGCCGAUCCGAUGGUGGCACGGCUCAAGUCUGUCGAUGCGAUGCGCUCACCGGGAAAGACCGAGAUCUCGUUGCAGAACUACAACCAGUAUCAGCAGGCAGCAAAGCUCCUGUCGCCUGGCGAAGUGGCAGCAGAACAAACUCGAAGAAUGCAGCACCAAAAGUCGCUCGAUUUCAUCAAUCAUGCGAUUCGCAGUGCCGCAGCUCGACGUGGGGUGGAUGUCACACCUACCACUUCCAGCUCGUCUGCGCGUACACCCAGCCCGGCCGGUCUCGGAAUCGGACUGGGAAUGCUCGGUAGCGUUUCUGAGAGCGAGAGCAGCAACAACCAAGACAGUCCCGGUGGAAGCAGCAGCACCGACGGCACCUCCGGCGCCGAAUCUGAUCAAGGUGACGAUACAAAGACGCCUCUCGCCACUGCACGUUACGCUUCUGGACCUUCUCAAGUUUUCCCGCCUGGUUGCGAACCAUACGAGCAGCAUCACCAUCAAGUCCACCAAGCGCAACACGCUGGAACCUACUCCCAGCACCCUGUCGCUCUCCAUUUGCCAAACGGAAUGCAUCAUAUGCAGCAGAUGCAAUUGCAAAUGUACCAAAUGCACAUGUCCAACCCUGCCUACUUCCAACGCGCAAGCCCCACGGGCGGAGGAGGAAUGCUUCCUAUGCUACGCAUCAACAACGCGAAUGCGGUGUCACUCGACGAUAUCGGCGACGAUUAUGACAAUGACGAGGAUGAAGCACAGCAAAGAGCGAACGAGACGUUGGCGCUCAACGACGAGUCGAUGGCAGAGAUGAACAUGGUGAUCGGGUCGGCGCGAUUGGACGAUGAAGAGUUCGGACAGUUCGAUGACAGUGUAUGUGCAGGUGAUGUGUACGAGCAGGACGAGCAUGCGCAUGUGUUGGGACAGAUCAAAGAGCGGGAAGUGGAGGGAGACGCGGAGGGAUGGUCGCUUCGACGUCGAAGCUCGGCUGACGAUGAAGCUCGGGAGCAACGAGGUCAUGGAAAAAUGGAUGAUGAUGAGGUCGAUGAUGUUGCCGAGGUUUCUUCCAUCAUGCAGAUGGUCAGCAUCGCGCCACCAGUCGCGCAACACGAGCAAGGAAGAAUGGCUCCUCCGCCUUCGUCUGCUUCGGGCUCUUCUUCCACCAUCUCGCCGGUCGCUGCCGACCAGAGCCACCCCGCCGUUCAGAUUCCCACGCGUGGCGAUUCGCGAUCGAACGCUCAAGCACGCGUCACACGACCGCUCAGGAUCACUAAAGACACCAUGAACCCCACCACCCUCCUUCCACAGCAGGUCAUCCGAGCAAAAGUGUCCACGGACCAUCUCCCCGCCCAGCCUUCCAGCACACUUGCCCAAACAUCCCAAGCUUUGAGCUCGGCAAACCUCAAGCGUCACUCUGACAACCUGUCACUCCGCUACCAGCCGCAGCUCGCGAUGCACAAUCGACAUCGAUCCACGCAUUCGGUUUCGGGAUUGAAACCGCUGCUGUUGCAACCUAAAGCCACGAGUGCUGGAUCUUCGGUCGGCUCGAGGACGCCCGAGACUCCUCGCGAAGGUGAAUUCUCUGAUACAGGUGCUGAAACCAUUCAGGUUGAGAAGCCAGCGCAAAUCUCGACGCAGGCUCGACACGUCGAGAGUCCUCAAAAGGACUCAGGCAUGCCACGAUCUUCUACACUUCAAUCGAUCUCGUCGCUCACAAAGCCGCAGACGCUUCGACACUCGGACAGCACCAGCUCUCUCGCCUCCAACACAACCGAACCUGCCGAAGCCCUUUCCCGCUCUCAUUCGACUCACAACCUCCGAGGUGCUUCGAUCAUGGUCCCCUCGGUUCGUAACAAGAUCGCCAUGUUGGAAUCGAGAACGGCUACACUGCGAGAAUUCACCAGCACCGAAAGCCCAUCGAGCAGUCCCGCACCUAGCCCGAUGAAGGCGUCAACGAGCAGCGGCAGAGUCUCGGCGAUGGCGGGCAAGGUGGAGAGAGGAGCAGGAGGCGGACUGACACCCGGAACAAGCCGAUGCCAUCUCUACGUGCAGCUGCAUGAUGCACGUCGGAUGCUGCGGCAGUUGCCGGCAGAACUUACGCUUCGCAUCCACAAGGAAAGGAAUCGGUGCCAAUUCAGAGUUCUGGCUCAAUUUGAGAGCAAUGCUGGCCAAUCCCAUUCGAGAAACUGUCCACUGGGCCUCGUCGUCCAACCACAAGAUAGGAAGCGAACGCAGAAGACGGCCUUGAGCGAGUUCGAGUUACAAGUCAGUCUUCCCCGCAUUGCGCGGGCCAGCAUGACGGACGAAGGCUAUGCAAUCGUCCGCGACCUGCCGCGAAAGAGCAUCAGAACGUGUCGGCUCCAAACACAAAGACUCGACGUCCGGGAUCAAGUGCUCUGGAAAGACGAUUCGAUUGUCAGGAAUCUCUCAUUCUGCUUAGUCGGAUCGGUGUCGUCGGGGUUUGGCUGGGCUGUCGCCUCAUCCCUUGAAAGCUGGACCAACCUUGAGCUUGAUCUUGGCUUCAAUGCUGUCACAUGGUCGCCUGCUUCUUCGGAGACAAGCCGAGCGCAUUCCCACACCCAAACUGUCCUUCGGAGCGUAGUGACGAAGCGGAGCUAG